AUGUGCACGCGUUCCUUUUUUCUAGGCUUGCGCCAGUUGGCGCUUAGGCCUGGAAUCCCGAGCCUGUAUUAUCCGCUCAGAACGCUCCGGCAACCGCUGCCGCCGCUACGCUUUUCAUCUACUCGGGUUCCACACGGACACAUUCAUCAGCAUCCGUCGUGCAUAAAUCUAGCGAAUCGACCACCUGGUCGCUUCUUUCACCGAGAUGCGCCUUCCAAGGACGUAGAAUCGCAGAGCGGCAGUAAAAACACCAAUUCGGAACCUGCGUCCGAGUCGGACACACCAUCGCAUUGCGCUCCGGAUGUCAAACCGAAUUUCAAGGAGAAGCUGCUGAGAAGGCGGAAGGCGUUCCGCAGGGCCCUGCUGCGACUCAAGAGCCGUUUUGCCCUGUUUAAGAUUUUCGUACGACACCACGCCCUCCAGCGCUCCAAGAACCGCCUGAGCGUUGUCAAAAGGUAUCUUUUGGAAAAGAAGCUGAAAUUCGGCGCGAUCCCGAGGAACGCGUUACACCGCAAGAGGAUGCGGGAGCUAAAGGAGAAGAUGGUAAAGAAGUCUACCGCGCUACAGCUCGGCAAGCUGGCCGUGUUUUCUAUGAAGAAGUACGGCAAACUUGGAGCUGCAAUUUAUUUCGGGGUGUACGUCGCCACGCUCCUGUUGAUGAACGUGCUGACAUUUGGCGGCGUUCUGUCCAGCAGCGACCUCCGCAAGAUUUUGGAGAGAAUCAACGUCACGCACUUCCAGGUGCCAGACAUGGAGAGUAACAUCGCGAAGUUCACGGUGGCCUACAUCGCCACCAAGGUGGUGGAACCCAUCCGAUUGCUGGUGUCUAUUCUGCUGGUCAUGGCUGUGAACUUCGCGAAGAAGCGCCUGUAA